AGGGAGUUGUGAAGCUAAAAGUUUUGGAAGGGCGUGCUGCAAAGCAACCAUCGUCGUUAACACCGGAAACAACAACAUCGUUAUCUCAAUCUAAAACGCGCUUUGAGCUAGCUGGAAAGAGAGCGAAAGAAGCAUUGGAGGAUGGGUCUUUAAGCAUCGAAGAUAAGAUAACAGCAAGCAAGAUUCGCAUAGCAAGCGCUAUUCUUCAACACUUGGAUAAAUGUGAGUUAGCGACAAGAGAUUUGUUGCGAUGCCUGAAUGAAUUAAACUCAUCGGUUGUCGCGGAAGUAAAGGCCAAAUCUCAAAAAAACUUAAGAGACGAAAUCCUUGACAGUGUAAUACAUAUCAACGUCAAUUUGGCCGAUUUCAUAUUUAAUCACACUUACAAGAGAAUGUAUGUUAUGGAAUGGCCCUUGAUUCAAUAUGGCAAGCAGUUGAUUCAUCCUUUCUUUUUCAAGAACAUCAAUGAAAUUACUGCCACGUCACUACCUUGGUACACAACUGACCUUCGUAAGAAUAUUGAUUUCUUGAAGAAGAAAAUGAUCGUAAACAGGGAAGGGGAAUUACUUGUUUUUGAUGGAAAUGAAUUGCAAAAGCUUGACAGCAAUAGCGAGAAGUUUCAAACAUGGUGUACAGAAGGUCUGAAUGUUGAAAAUAGACAAGUUGAAUGCAUGAACGUUGAUGAAAAUGGCAUGGUAUAUCUACUUUUAUAUGGUAAAGACCAUCCAAAUGGCAAUUAUGUGUUGAAACUUUGUUUGGAAAACAGAAUUGUUCAAAAUUGUUCUUUGCAUUUUCUUAAUGACGAAAACUUUAGUAAGAUUUUUCUAGCUGCCACGCGCAAUGACAAAGUUAUCCUUGCUACAGUUAAAAGUUCAGAACGCAAACGAAGUGAAAUUAAUAUAUAUGUGUGUGACAGUAAAGGUAAACAUAUUAAGUCGUUUGUACCAAAAGUUAAACGUAAACCAGUUGAUGAUGAAGUGAAAAGUUUGUCCAUUUCAUCCUGUGAAAAUAUAGCAAUUUUGACAAAUGCAUCUGGCCAAUUUUACCAACUCAUCUUUUUUAAGUUGGAUAAAACGUUUGUCAAAAAGAUAAAAUUUCAUCCACAAGUUGAAGAAAUCAACGCAUACACUCGAGUCAUUUACACUCCCUUUGACAACACUAUCAAAGGUUUUUAUUUUAAAGAGGACAAAUCACAGCUUGUUAUUGAAACUUUUUCUAUUGAAACCAAAAAAAUAAAAUGGUUUGUAAUGCUGAAGAAUACAGGAUAUUGUUCAGAAUUAUUUGAUGGUUUGUUUCCUCUUGUUCAUCAUGCAAAUGGAAAGGUGGCUUUGCUUUCAAGUAAAAGUAUAAUUUACAUAAUCAAAGGGAGCAGUGAGCAUGAUGCCAUGGAAGUGAACUUGGAAUGGAAAGAAACCAAUUCCCCGCAUGCAAAUACUUCAGAGGUAACAGAGAAUGGACAUGAAGAACCUCGAAAUAAUGAACAGGAAAACGUGCAGGAAGAGCAACGUGAAGACUUACAGCAAGAGUUCGUGGAGGAGCAACAAGAAGAUGAACCACCUGAAGAUACUUCUUCCGAGGUAACAGAGAUAAGACAUGAAGAAUCUCGAAAUAAUGAACAGGAAAACGUGCAGGAAAAGCAACGUGAAGACUUACAGCAAGAGCUCUUGGAGGAGCAACAAGAAGAUGAACCACCUGAAGAUACUUCUUCCGGAAAUCACGAUGCUACAGUAGUGAGUGAUGUUGCCGAAGAUAGUGAUCGCCGGGGAAUUUCUGAAAUAAUAUAUCCUGUAUGGCUGGAGCUUGGUAGAAUGCUGGGCAUACCUGAGGAAAAUUUACAAGAACUUGAAAAUGUAACGAAGAACAAUAAAGUUUUUAGAGAAAAGUUCCUUGACGACGAUUACAACAUUCGAGAUGAAAUUGUCAAUACCCUCCGAAGUGUCGUGCGGAUAAAAGGACCUGUUGCAACAGCUGUUCCAAAUCAAGAGAUACCUUAUGAACAUUUAUAUAUCACAGUUGAUGAACAGGAUAAAAUGUUGGAAGGCAGGAUAAAAAGAAGGAUUGAUUCUCAGUUUGGAUGGGACGCGUCAAGAUUCAUCGAAUUCCGAACUUCAUCAUCGAAACCAUUAAAGUCAAAAUAUUAUGGUCAUCUUCGUUUAUCAAAUACGUCUCGAGAUAUUAGUGAUAACAUUUGUUGUAGCUGUGAGCUGACAAUGUUCUGUCGUAAAGAUGAAGACUAUUUCGCCUUGACCUGUGCACAUGUAGGUUGUGUCAGUCACCAAAAGGAAUAUCUGGAAAGGGAUUUUUCGACAAUAACUGAUAUUGUUAAAGCCAGAAAUAACAAUGAUUGUAACAAAUAUUUCUACCAACCGCCCAAUUGUGAAGAGGAGAAACAACUGGGUACCUUUCCAUGCGAUACGGUUAGUAAGUUUAAUGGUGAGACCGAUUUCAUGUCUAUUCCAGUUGGAAAGAAAGAAGAUUUUCAGCGUCUCGGUGGGGAUGAUAUGGAGAAUCUUGCAUUAAGAUUAAAAGAAAUGAACAAAGAGCUUUAUGAAAGAUUACGAAAUGGCCAGGGUUUUGUCGAAGUUCGUACAAGUAAUCACACCAAGGGCUUCAUUAGUGAACGGAGUUGUUUAUAUUUUGGUGAAACUUUGGAGAAACCGAUUUUCAAAAAUGCUGUUAAGGUGAAAAGUGAUGGCUCUUUUCUCAAGAAAGGUGACUCGGGAAGUCUUGUUUAUUUAAAAGAUCGAGAAAAUGUUUGGCAGCCAUUUGCUUAUGCCGUUUGCGAAAUAAAUGAUGACGAAGACGAUGACGAUAGUGAUGACGUUGAUGGUAAUGAUGAUGAUGAUGAUGAUGAUGAUGAUGAUGAUGAUGAUGAUGAUGAUGAUGAUGAUGAUGAUGAUGAUGAUGAUGAUGAUGAUGAUGAUGAUGAUGAUGAUGAUGAUGAUGAUGAUGAUAUAGGCUCCAAGAGAAGCUAUAUAUGCUUAAAAUUGGAUAAAGCAUUGGAGAUAUUGGAUCUAAGAGAUGGGAAGUUCUUUAUAGAACCCAAAAACAACAGUUGUGGCUUUUCUUCUGACAAAAAUAGUUUACCUGGUGAAAUAAUAGAUGAUGAAAAUUGUUAUGAGCAUCAUGCCACUCAACAAUUACCAACUGAGUCUGAUCUGGAAUCAUUUCGUUCAAAAGAUCAGGCAUUUCAAAUGCUGUUGCUUUGGGAAAAGGAAAAAGGAAAAGAUGCUACUAGAAAAAAAUUGGCAGAUGCCUUAAUCAGUAUAGGUCGUCGGGAUCUUUCAGAGAAAAUAUUACCAGGCAAAACGCGUAAUCCUGUCAUAUCAUCAAGGGAUAAGGAAGUGUUUUCUUUUAAAAAUGAGCAAAAACUCAUUUUUAAAAGGAACUCCAGGACAACGUUAAAUGACGAUGAAAAACGAUGGUGUGUUUAUGGAAUCGUACUUAAUCAUGUUUUGAUCCCAGCUGUUCGACCUUACCUGGAAAAUAAUAUUUUAAAUGAGUAUGAUGAAUUAAAGAAAUCUCAUAAUAUUCAUGUUCAAACGUUUCACAACUUUCCUUCACCAAAAUAUUCCCUCCGCGAUCUGCAUUAUAAAAACAUCAACAAUAAUGAAACAAAGGAUAAGAGGAAAUUUAACUAUGAAGUUAAGUCACAUGUCGACUUUGGAAAACUUUUCCUUCGAAACUACAUAGCAAAGUUUAACAGUUACAACAGUUGUAACGCAUCAGCAGUGCUUAAUUUACUAGAAAGGGUCCCAAUUUUUUCCAACCUGGUCCAGAAUGUGGCAAAAAUCGUUAGAGAAAAUAGAAAUUCUUGGGCUCACUGUAAUGUUAAGGCAUGGAACGAAACAGAUUUUCAAAACAGAAUCGACAUUGUGAAGAAACUUGUGAAAGAAUUGUGUUUAGAAACUGAUGAUGAAGUUUUGAAUGAUAUAAAUCAUUGGAAAGAUCAAGCUUUGUCAUUGUGGACAAGCGAUCGUACUUUAUGUGAAGAGUUAAAGGAUCACAUUAACAGACUUUUCAAAGAAGAUGAAGAAACGAAAUUUGGAAGCGAAGAGUGGAAAAAGUUAGCGCAAGAGACGCUUGACAAAUUUUCGAAUCGCAUUGAAGAAAUACAUCAGUUAAAAAGACGUGUUGAGAAAGUUGAAGACACAGAAAGCAUACUUCAAGACAAAGUUGAGCAACUUUAUGAAAGCUAUAAUAAUGAUUUCGCCAUUUAUGACAGCGAUAUCAAUUUACACUACCGAAAAUUCGAUCAAAAAACAAGAAAAUGGUUCAUCAACAAUUUCUCUGCUUGGUUCGAUGAACCUGGAGAAUCAAGAGCUUUUGUAUUUAUGGGCGAUGCUGGAGUUGGUAAAACAGUUAUGUCAGCCGCUAUCGCUCAACGCACUAAGGAUGAUGGGAAGUUAGGAGCAGUAUUCUUUUGUAGACAUUUUGAUGGUACACGUCGUGAUCCAAGACAUCUCCUGGCCAGUGUUGCUUAUCAGUUAGGUAAACGUUUUCCUGAUUAUUUGAAAUUAUUGGGAGGGGUGUCUGGAAUACAAAAACGACUAAGCGAUGCAAAACUAGGCGUUCAAGAACUUUUUACUAAGUUUUUCGAAGAUCCAUUAUGUAAGCUUGAGACUUUUUCAAAAACUCUCAUUGUGAUCGAUGCUUUAGAUGAGGCAGAUUAUGAUUCGAAAAAUGAAUUUCUUAGUGUUGUAACUUCUCAUUUUCCCCAACUUCCACAAUGGCUACUUUUCUUUAUAACAACACGUCCAGUAGAUUACACACAAUUUACUUUGAAAAAUUACAAUCCAUGUGUAAAGAUUUGUUCAGGAAAUGCGAAUGAUGCUAAGACUUAUGAAAGACACGAACAAGAUAUUCAAACUUUUUUGGAAAAUCAAGUCGACUUCACUGAUAAAUCAUUUUCUGCAAAAGAAAUUACAAAAAAAUGUAAAGGAAUGUUUUUGUUUGCACAUCAUCUUGCCAAAACUCUCAAAGAUUCAUCUGAAACGGAUCUUGAAAAAUGCCCUCAAGAUAUUGAUGGUUACUUUCUCAAUAAUUUUAAACGUAUUUAUGAGAAAGUUGGAAAAGAUUUCUAUAAAAAAUUGUUAGGUUGUGCAGUGAUUGCUCCUUCACCUCUUCCUAGUUCGUUUAUUCCAUUUCUUUUAAAAAAAGAAAAUUUACAUCUUGACGAACAAGAAGUAAUUGAUGCUAUUUCACUGUUUUUUUCUUGUGAUGAAGAAAAAUUCACGUUUCUUCACAAUCUUAUACCUGACUGGCUCACUGAUAAAAAGCGCGCUUCGCGAAAGUUGGUAAUAGAUAAAACAGCAGCACAAAUUUUCUUUAAGGAAAUUGUCAUCGAACUUUUGACAUCAUUCCUGGAGAAUGGACUACCAUUCAAUGACUCAGAUGAAAAUUCCGUUGUCUGUUACAUCCUCACAAUUGAGUUUCGUUAUCUAUUUCAUCUUUCAACUGAAAACUCUGAAUUGUCGAGAAUAUUUUUUCAGUGUUUUACUAACUAUCAAUUUCUCAAACAACGAAUACAAAGCAGUACAUCAGGUAUUUUUUCCCUUUUAAAUGACAUUCACUUUGCAAUUGGAAAUAUUGAGUUAAAUGAAGAUGAAAAACAAACUGUUAAGGAACUACAGUCUAUUCUUGAAAAGAAUAGUUUUUAUUUGGUAGAUAACCCUGAUCUUUUGGACUCCUGUCUUUCAAGGUUAUCCUCGAAGGUCAGAGAAGCAUUUAUGUCAAAGCAUUAAAACCAAUGUAGGUUGCCAAAUAUUAUUUCAAAUGAGGACAUUAAUAUUAAGUGUGACGUCUAUGCUUAUUCAACAGACAGAACUUUGUUGGCAGGAGGAAAAGGAAACGUUCUCCACAAAAAUCCACAUUCUCUUAUGAUGGACGGUAUUUUGUAAAAUUUUCUAAUUCUGAACUUAAAAUUUUUUCCGCCGAUUCCUCUUUCUCCACUUCUGAAAUAGUUCAUAGACUGGAGAAUGGUGAAUCAGAUUUCCAUUUUGUGUUGUUUUCUCCAGACUCGUCCUUGAUUCUAUUUUCCACCAAUAACAAGGAUUCUUGUCGUCAAACCAUUUACGUCUGGUUUGUGAAACACAAAGUUUCAAAGCUUUUCCUUCCUGAAAAGAAUUGGAUAGAAGUAGACACUUGUUGUUCUUCGAUGAAUAACUUCAAAAUUAUCUUGUGCAGAGGAACAUCAAUUUCGAUAUACGACUAUGAUAAAAAUGUAGCCAGUGAACCAACCACGCUUUCUUUUCAAUUAGGUAGUAAACAUGAGAAGUGUAGCCAUUGUAUUUUGUCGUCUGACGACAAAAUGUUAGCUUGUUGUGUAGAAAAUAAAAUAAUUUUUUAUGAGUUGCUAAGUGCUCCUGAAAAAGCAUCUCAAUUUAAGCAUUCAUGCAUGGUUAAAUGUUGCUACUUUAUGGGAAGAAACAGAUAUGUUUUGUUUCAAGAUAUUGUAGGUUACAUGUUCAUGUUUGAUCUGAUUCAAUGGAAACUUGUAGCAUACUUUAAAGCUGAAGCUUUAGAUAAAAUUUUUAAACUUACUGAUUACAAAAUAACUUGUAUUCAAUAUGACGGUAAAAUCAAUUUUCUCGCUUUUGACGGUUUAAACGAUUGGUCAGGCAAAGAAUACAAUCUACCUUAAAAUUUGGAUGUGAGCGACUUUGCACCUUAUACAAACAGUGACAAUGAUGAAGACGACUAUUGCGAUAAUAGUGAAUUUUGGCAAAUGAAAUUUGAAUAAUGUAAGUGACGAUGAAAUGGUUUAACAAUGUAGAUUGUAAUUUAUGUGUGUUGUUAAUUUCACUAAUAGUGAUAAUGAAGUCGACAGUACCAUCGACAAUGUGAAAUGUCAGCUGAAAUUGUUUUGAACGUCCAGGGCUGCAUCGUUGAGAUGUUACAAGAAAUGAAAACUUUUGUCAUAAAAACUCAUUUCAUUUAUUUUUUAUGUAUAAUGACUAUAAUCUACGCCUCCAUCAAAGCAUCGAUAUUUUUCUAAACAAAAUAGACAAGGAAAAAUUUGCUAAA